AAAUCAUUGUAUUCUGUUUAUAUUUACAUAUAACACAAUUUCCCAACUCAUGUGGAAACGGGUUUGUAUUUGCAUAGUAUGUAUAUAUUAUUAAUGUUGUAAAUACAAAUCGUUAUAUAUCUAGAAAGGGUGGUCCUAAAGAGGUAGUCAUUUUUCUCAGGUCUCAAGAAGGCAACAAAUACAAGAAUGUGUGUGUGCGGUGUGUGUGAUUGGCAAAGGUUAGGGAAAGAGCUAAGAACGCCAUUAAAGCAGAAAAACAUGCAGGUCUUAUCAGCAGUGUGCGACUUGGCGGCGCAAGUCGUGCCCUCCGAGGACAGUGGUGAUGAGGAGCAGCGUGUCGCAACGUGGCCAAAUGUCACACCUGGCAACAAACACUCAAGAGGGGCAGGUGGGAUAUUAACGUGGUAAACGUUAGUGGGUGGGUUUUAGUGGCACUUUCUAUGGUUUAUUAUUGGCUGGUAGCCGUUCCUAAUAUUUUGUCCCUGGCAUUGUGUACGUCACUGCACACGACAACCACCACUAGUCAAUGUAUUGUUGUAUUCAUACUUCUCUGACGGCGUUUCUGCAUGGUCGCCACAGUCACUGAAAAGAAUCAAAUAAAUCAAAUCGGGAAAAAAAAAUAAAUCAUGGAGACAGUUUUCUUUGUUUUUGUCAAGCUGCGCAGCUUGACAAAUACUGCACGCCUUUGUCCCCUUUGGAACAAUUCAAAAAAUCACUAUUAACAUAGAAAAAGUUAGCUUAACAUUUUCUUUAUUUUUGACAAGCUGCUACUGUACGCCUUUGUCAACAUAGACAUUUAAAAAAAAAAAAAAAUUACUUAGAAAAUUAACACAUUUUCUUUGUUUUUGUCAAGCUGCUGGGUGCGUAUCUUGGAAACUGCUUCAUGAAGUGUAAAUACUGUACACCUUUGUCACCAUACAAAUAAUGUUAAAAAACUAUUAGCUUUUAUUUUUGCCAAGCUGCUACAAUACUGUACGCCUUUGUCACCAAAUAAAUAAAUUAAACCAUUUUUAACGUGGAAAAAGUUAGCUUAAUUGGUUGAGUUCAAACCCCGGCCGAGUCAUACCAAAGACUAUUAAAAUGGGACCCAUUACCUCCCUGCUUGGAACUCAGCAUCAAGGGUUGGAAUUGGGGGUUAAAUCACCAAAAAUGAUUCCCGAGCGCGGCCACCGCUGCUGCUCACUGCUCCCCUCACCUCCCAGGGGGUGAACAAGGGGAUGGGUCAAAUGCAGAGGAUAAUCUCACCACACCUAGUGUGUGUGUGACCAUCAUUGGUACUUCAACUUCAACUUUUCUUCGGCUUAACAAAUGUUCUGUAUUUUCAUCAAGCUGCUACUGUACUGUCCGCCUUUGUCACCGGGGAAAUAAUGUAACAAACGCUUUUAACAUGCUGCAUAAAAAGUUAGCUUUUACAUAUUUUCUUUAUUUUCGUCAAGCUGCUUCGGUGUGCAGCUUGAAAACUGUUUUAUAAAGUGUAUAUACUGUACAUCUUUGUAGAAAUGGCUUCUGAGGUAUCCAGCAACUGUAUGCCAUUGCCUUUGUCAUAGCAGAAACAAAAAACUGAAUAUUAUGUUCUACAUAUGGUGAAUGUUUUUAUUCAACUUGGAGAAAGCAAACCACCAGGUUUAAGGAAAUAAUGGUUGAGCCAUUAAUAAAGUAAGGAGCCUCAGUUGGACAUUCGUAUGUGGACUGGAUUAGAGGCAAUAAAUUCAGACUUCGGAAUGCAAAAGUGAUAGCUCUAUCCUGGAGGAGAGACUCCGUGUCUAUCUUCACGCCAACAUUUAAGGUACAACCUACAUAGGUUGUUUCCCGGUCACUUACACAUGAACAUCCCCUUACCUACUCAGCGGCCUAGUGGUUAGAGUGUCCGCCCUGAGAUCGGUAGGUUGUGAGUUCAAACCCCGGCCGAGUCAUACCAAAGACUAUAAAAAUGGGACCCAUUACCUCCCUGCUUGGCACUCAGCAUCAAGGAUUGGAAUUGGGGGUUAAAUCACCAAAAAUGAUUCCCGGGCGCGGCCAUCGCCGCUGCCCACUGCUCCUCUCACCUCCCAGGGGGUGAUCAAGGGUGAUGGGUCAAAUGCAGAGAAUAAUUUCGCCACACCUAGUCCAAUACCAAUCAUUGGUAUUUUAACUUUUGACUUUUUAACUUUAACAUGGUCAGGUUGUGCUGUCCUGACUCCGCACACACGCAGAGACAGAAAGGAGGAAUAUAAAAACUGAUGGUUUGGCUUCUCCAGGUUAGGAGUGCCUCAUUUUUUUUUUUACUUGGCCUCCUCCAGGGACUGCAGUCCUGUAUAAUGAUGCUCGCUUGUAAUAAAGCAACUUUUUGUUCUACGACGUCUCUCUUGAUCCAGCCGCGAUGCCGCGUUGCCCGGGAAGGGGGUUACAAAACCAGAAAUACACAUCCAAUCCAAAACAAUGUAUGUUUCCUUUGACUUAACAAAAGAGCUCCACAGGUUUUCUUUAUUUUCAUCAAGCUGCUGCGCUUUCACGGCUUUAAAACUGCCGGAUGAAGUGUCCAGUAAGAGUAUAGAAGACCGUAAGCCUUCCCAACGUGUGUUAAUGCUUGAAUGCAAUUUCAAAAUGAUAAUGUCAUGCAUGGUGAGUAACACGCAUCAUAAGUUAAGAGGGCGAAAGGAGGCGGAUCUAGGCCAGGAGCGCCUAUAAAAGUGGGAAGGAUGCUCCACACUUGCAGGACACACACACACACACACACACAUACACACACAUUGUGCUUCAUAGCCCAACAUGAAGGGUCUCACAGCGACCAACGUGUGCCAGUGUGCCUUAUUGACUUACUUUCUUUUCUUCUCCCUCACUUCUUUCACCACAGCAGUCAGCUUUGACCUCAGCGAGCUUCGGAAUAAAGUGGCCAAAAUCAAAGUCAGCCCCAGAGGGAACCUGUGGGCUACAGGACAUUUCAUGGGCAAGAAGAGUGUGAUGGACACUCCUCUGCUCUCCUCUGCUGAGGACCAAGGUGAGGGUGCAGUGGAGGUCUCCCUGCCAGGGGCCCACAGCUCCCUCGGUAAACUUUUCCAGGACUUCCUGCGGGUGGCGAUGCAAACACAGCUGGACUUGCAAGAUAGCCGUUUAAAAACUCAGGAAGCGAACAUGCUGAUGAGGAUUUUGGAGAGCAACAUGCGGAGAAAGUGAUGCAGAGGAUGGAUCAAAGUGUACAGUCUACAGUUUAUGAUGAUUGUAAUCCACGGCCCUCAUUUUCAAGACAUUUUGUGCCAUUUGCAAUAACCCCUGCCCCCAAAAUGUUCUGAUAUAUUCUCUUCUUUGCUUAUUUAUAGUCAAUAAAAUGAUGAUUUCCACUGC